ACGAGGAGGAGCGCGACGAGCUGGCGAAAUGUCACAAUAGAUCAACGGGAAGUCCAUCGAAGAAUAAGGAUGGAUCCAGCCUUGUUGAGGGAGAGGGAACUAUUCAAAAAGAGAGCUUUGUCCACUCCAGCAGUAGAGAAAAGACCAGCUGCCACAGACUCUCACAAGAAAAAGAAGGCUAAAGUUGACAAGGAGGGCUCCUCGGGGUCCAAGCACAGUGCCGAGGCUAAUAAUGGCAACUUUAACCUCAAGGCUUUAAGUGGUAGCUCUGGCUAUAAGUUUGGCUGCCUGGCCAAGAUAGUCAACUACAUGAAGACAAGGCAUCAGAGAGGGGAUACGCACCUCCUCACCCUAGAAGAAAUCCUGGAUGAGACAAAGUUGCUAGAUAUUGGCAUGAAACAAAAACAAUGGCUUAUGACAGAGGCCUUGGCCAACAACCCAAAGAUUGAGGUGCGGGAUGGGAAGUAUUCCUUUAAACCCAAGUAUCACCUCAAAGACAAGAAGGCCCUGUUAAGGCUGCUGGACAAACAUGACCAGCUGGGCCUGGGAGGAGUGCUGCUAGAUGACGUGGAGGAGGGGCUUCCCAACUCUGCAAAGGCCAUUAAGGCACUGGGGGAUCAGAUCAUCUUUGUGACCCGACCAGAUAAAAAGAAGGUCUUAUUUUACAAUGACAAGCACUGCCAGUUUGUGGUGGAUGAAGAAUUCCAGAAGCUGUGGAGGAGUGUUCCGGUGGAUUCCAUGGACGAAGAGAAGAUUGAGGAAUAUCUCAAGAAACAAGGCAUCUCCUCCAUGCAAGAGAUGGGACCGAAAAAAGCGUUACCUGUCCAGAAAAGGAAGAAGCCAGGGGGCCAGAAGAAGAGGCGCUUCAAGACCCACAACGAUCAUUUGGCUGGAGUAUUGGAGGACUAUUCGGAGGGUGUUCCUGCCAAGAAAUGAAAUCUCUUCCCAUGGUGCUUUCUGAUCAGAGAACUAAUAAAGGGACUGGAGGCUACAAAUGGCGGGAAAGAGAGAAUGUGACCCUGGAUCAGCAACCAUACAAAGAGUUUUUAUGGCUUUGUCCCAGUAGUGUUAAACAGCUGGCUUAUUUUUUUGCUCGAAGUAAUCCUUCCUCAGCAGUCGGUGAUCUUGCAGUAUAUGGAUUGAUUUGAAAUUGUACUUGUGCAUCGUGUCCGAUUAGUGAACUGAUCAGAGACUAGACCAAUGGAAGCCAGUUUAGUAUUGUGACCAUUUAAGACACUGGAUGUCCAUGCCAAAACUACCUUCCUAUAAGGGGGUACUGACAUUCAUCUUACUGUUAGCAAAAGGCAAAUAUGUGAAAUAUGUACAUAUGUUUUUUUACUUGACUGAGUUUAACGGACAUGUGUGAUUAUAGCAGGGAAAUGUGCCUGUAUGGAAAGAAAGAUUUGAUAUGACAGCAGAGGGCAUUUGCUGCAGCAGCAUUUGACUACGGUUUCAUAAAAGUUGCAUAGGACAUAGGCUUUUGUUUCACAGCACUACAUUAAAACUACCUAGGGUAUAUCCAUCCUGGUAUGUCU